AUGGCAGGCCUUUGUGAGAUCAAUAUGUCCUUUGAGGAGUGUCUGGACGAUGCCAAGUCCCGGCUCAUCAUGGUGGCUUUCGUCAAAUUCAACGAUGAGGAUUACGAAAACCUCAUGGCGACGCUCCAAGAAAUCAGCAAAGACUACAGAAGGCUCGUCAUCCUUGCUGUUGACGCUACCAGGAACAUUCAACUUGCUAGGGACUUUAACGUUACCGCCUGCCCGACAUUCCUCUUCUUCCGUAACCGCACACUCGAAGAAUGUCUCAGCCUUUUGCGCUCGCACACCAAGCAAUUGGUUGUUUUCAUUUUUUAUGCUGAAUGGUGUCCACACUCCAAAGAAUUGAAGCCGUUUCUGGAAGCGCUGGUAAAAGAUGACCAGAAUGUUAUCAUAGUGCUUAUCAACGUUGACGACGCUGAAGACGUGAUACCGUUCUACAGCCUCUACGCUGUUCCCUCGUUCUACUUUUUUAAAAACCAGGCGGAAAUCGGCACCCAUGUUGGAGGUGACAUCACCAAACUACGAGGCUUCAUUCGAAAGUACAAGCGCAUAAAGGAAACCGAGUAA